AUGUCUAUCAGCUGUGCGGAACGGUUGCCGGAAAAGGUGGGGGGAAGGGGCGCACUGGGGGGAGGGGCGGAGUGGGGGGAAGAAGGGGAGGCAGGGGAAGCAGGGGAAGGCGCUAUUGCAGGGGGAAAGGGAUCGGGGGAGCAUGGGGCGGAGCAGGGGAAGGGGGAGCGAGAAGAGGGAGGGGGAGAAGGCGGAUGGGGGAGGGGGAAGGGCGGGAGUGGGGCGGAAGGGGGAGAGCUUGGUGGUGGUGGGGGGGCUGCUGGGCAUAGCGGAAGCGAAAUGGGCUUCAGUGGCAUGGGGAUGGGCGGCAGUGGCAUGGGGAUGGGCGGCAGUGGCAUGGGGAUGGGCGGCAGUGGCAUGGGGAUGGGCGGCACUGGUGCUGCCUUGGCCCGCACUGGUGCUGGCGUGGAUGGCAGUGGGAGCAUAGGCGCGGCGUGGCGGCGAAUCAUGGGGAAUACGAGCAAGGAAGGGGGGUUGUACGAUGGGAGCAAGGAAGGGGGGUUGUACGAUGGGAGCAAGGCUGCGUGUAUGAAGAAGGGUUUUGAGACGUCUCAAAACCCUUCUUCAUACAUCAUGGGGAAUACGAGCAAGGAAGGGGGGUUGUACGAUGGGAGCAAGGCUGCGUGUAUGAAGAAGGGUUUUGAGACGCAUCUCCCUUCCGCCGCCCUUCCCCUGCAAGACACGCAAGCCUCUCACGCCCAUCCAUCCCACACUCAUACCUCCCACGCCCAUGCCCCCCAUGUGCACCCAUCGAAGCGUCUCAAGCUGUUUCCCAGCCCGUCCCCUAGCCCACUCCCUAGCCCUAGGGCUGCUGCUGCCGCUGCCGCCGCCGCCGCUGCUGCUGCUGAUGGUGCUGCUGGUGGUGCCGCUGGUGCUUCUGGUGGUGGUGGUGGUGGUGCUGCUGCUGCUGCUGCUUCUGCUGCUGCUGCUGCUGGUGUUGCCGCUGGUGCUGUUGGUACCAGUGGUGGUGCGGCUAUGUAUUUCCCUCGGUCUCGUUCCACUGGUGGUGCUGGUGCUGCUGGUGCUGCUGCUGCUGCUGCUGGUGGUGGUGGUGGUGGUGGUGCGAGUUCAGAAGGCGGGUUGACAGAUGGAGAAAGCAGGAGGCUGGGGUUGACUGGGGCCGUGGUAGGGGUGGGUAGCGAGGUGUGGGGAGGGGUGCACGUGGAUAAGGGAGUGCACGGAGGGGUACAAGGGGGAAUUGAUCUGAACCAAGUGCGGCUGAGCCCUGGACCACAGAUAGGAACGCUGGGCAUGAGCAUGGGGGACAAUGCAGCGGGUGGGGGAGGGGGAGGAGGGCCAGUGGGCGUGGGGGAAGGGGUACAGGGCGCACAGGGGAUGGGGGAAAGGGUAGGGGGCGCAAUGGGGAUGGGGGAAGGGAUUGGGGGGGCAUUGGGCUUGGGGGAUGGAGAUAUGGGAGCGGCAUUACUGCGGCUUGUGGGGGGGAGUCUGGGGGGAGCGGGUACAGUGGAAGGAGGGGCGUUGGCAGCACUGCUGGCGAGUGUGUUGGGAGGGGGCAGUGGGGGGAAGCUUCCAUUGAGCCUCACUGAGAGCGCUGCUGCUAUGGGCCUCACUGGGAGUGCUGCUGCUAUGGGCCUCACUGGGAGUGCUGCUGCUAUGGGCCUCACUGGGAGUGCUGUUGCUGCUGCUGCUGCUGCUGCUGCCAGCAGUGCUGCCACAUGCUCUGCUGGGCUCAAUCCAGCCGUUGGAUUGAGUUCCACUGGGCUUAAUCCAGCCGUUGCCCCACCUACUGCUGCAGGCACUGCAUUUCUUAAGCAGCAGUUGCAGCAGUUGGAGCAGCAGCAGCUGCAACAGCAGCAGCAACAGCAGCAGCAACAGCAGCAGCAGCAGCAACAGCAGCAGCAGCUGCUGCAACAGUUGCAGCAGCAGCAGCAGCAGCAGCAACAGCAACAGCAACAGCAGCAGCAGCAGCAGCAACAACAACAACAGCAGCAGCAGCAACAACAACAGCAGCAACAGCAGCUGCUGCAACAGUUGCAGCAACAGCAGGGGCAACAACAGCAGCAACAGCAGGGGCAACAGCAGCAGCACCAGCUGCUGCAACAGUUGCAGCAACAGCAGGUGCAACAGUUGCAGCAACAGCAGGAGCAACAGCAGCAGCAGCAGCAACAACAGCCGCAGCAGCUGCAGCAGCGACAGCAGGAACAACAGCAGUCGCAGCAGCCAUUGGACCUUCUGCAACAGCAGCAACUGCUGCUUGAGUUGCGGCAGCAGCAGCAGCAGCAGCAGCAGCAGCAGCAGCAGCAGCAGCAGCAGCAGCAGCAGCAGCAGCAGCAGCAGCAGCAGCAGCAGCAGCAGCAGCAGCAGCAGCAGCAGCAGCAGCAGCAGCAGCAGCAGCAGCAGCAGCAGCAGCAGCAGCAGCAGCAGCAGCAGCAGCAGCAGCAGCAGCAGCAGCAGCAGCAGCAGCAGCAGCAGCAGCAGCAGCAGCAGCAGCAGCAGCAGCAGCAGCAGCAGCAGCAGCAGCAGCAGCAGCAGCAGCAGCAGCAGCAGCAGCAGCAGCAGCAGCAGCAGCAGCAGCAGCAGCAGCAGCAGCAGCAGCAGCAGCAGCAGCAGCAGCAGCAGCAGCAGCAGCAGCAGCAGCAGCAGCAGCAGCAGCAGCAGCAGCAGCAGCAGCAGCAGCAGGUGAUUAGAGGCCCGUCUCAGUCUACCAGCUCUCACCAACAACACCAGCCCAACCAGCAGCAGCAGCAGCAGGCAGGAAGCGCCGUGAGACAAUCCCUGAGUAGCAACUCACUCACAACCACCACUGCCACCACCAACGGUAUCAGAGCCGCUGCUGCUGCCCAUGUGGGAAUGGCAAAUGUGGCAGCCACUGCACCUGAACCGGCAACGGAAACUGUGGGAGCAGCAGCAGCAGCAGCAACGGCAGCAGAAGCAGCAGCAGCAGCAGCAGCAGGAGCACCUUUAGGUGGUGCUGGUGGUAGUGGUGGUGGUAGUCGUAACGUGGUAAAAGGGAGGUCUGGCGCAGGGAGAGGAGGAGGGGGCUGGUCCGGGUCAGGUUUGGAGGAGGAUGGGGAGGACAGCACGGGCGAUUCAGAGCGAGGGGAGGGGGAGGAGGAGGAGGGUGGGGAGGAUUUGGGGCUGCGAGGGGUGGGGAAGCCGGGUCCGAGGAGGAAGAGUGGGGCGGUCACCAAGCCGUGUGCUGCUGCUCGGGUAAGUGCAGGGGGCGAGUUGGGGAGAGGGGGAGGAGGAGGGUGGGGAAGACCUGGGGCUGAGAGGGGUGGGGAAGCCGGGCCCGAGGAGGAAGAGUGGGGCGGUCACCAAGCCAAGCGGAGGGAUCGCAUAUCGCGGCACAUCCGCACGCUGCAGGGGCUGGUGCCCUCGUCCACCAAGACAGACGCCGCCACUGUGUUGGCUCAGACCAUCCGAUACCUGCGCGGCCUCGAGAGCCAAGUCGCUGAGCUCAAGGCCAAAGUGGGCGCAUUGGGGGGCAGCAGCUCCCAGGAAGAGUAA